AUGCAUGUUGGUUCGGAGAAUGCUUGGAGAUUGACUGGUUUCUAUGGGGAGCCCGAUACAAAUCACAGAAGUGAAGGUUGGAAUAUGCUAAGAAUGCUUAGCUCAAAGCCGAAGCUUCCUUGGUGCUGUUUGGGUGAUUUUAAUGAACUUUUGGAGGUGGGAGAUAAGAGAGGUGGGGCUCUGCGGGCUCAUUCUUUGAUGCAAAACUUUAGAGAAGUAUUGGACCAUUGUGGGUUUGUUGACCUAGGCUUUUGGGGACUGGAGUUUACUUGGCAUGGGAGGCGAAGGGGAGAAUGGAUUUGGGAAAGGUUGGAUAGGGGUGUUGCAAAUUAUGAAUGGUUAACUCGUUUUCCCACAGGUAGGGUGAGACACCUAAAUUGCUUUACCUCAGACCAUAGGCCGAUCCUUCUUUAUUUGGAUGAUAAUGGAGAGCAACAAAAAUUGCAUAGGAAGCCUUUCCAGUUUGAAUCUAUACGGAUUUCGGAUCUUGAAUGUAAAGAGGUGAUAACAAGAGCUUGGGAUUGUGCCCCUGAUGGUACACCUAUGUUAGUGACUGCAACAAAAUUAAAAAGGUGUAAGAAAUGGUUAAAAUCUUGGACUCGGGAUCACUUUGGCAAUGUUAAAAAUCAGAUAAAGCAAGUGAAGGAGAAAUUGUGGCAUGCUGAAGAGGUUUUGACCAGAUUUGGGGAUCAUGAGGAGGUGAUUCGAUUGAAACAGGAGUUGAAUGUAUUACAUGACAAAGAGAAGAAAAUGUGGAAGAGGAAGAAUUUUAUUAAGGGGUUGCAUGAUGGGAAUGGGGUUUGGCAAGAGGAUGAAGAGGUAUUUUCGGCUCUCCUUAAUGAUUUUUAUACUAAUCUCUUUACUUCCUCAAGUCCACAGGAUUUAGAUCGUGUGUUGGAUGGGGUGAAUGCUGUAGUAACUGAUUAUACGAGAGCAGAACUUGAUAGACCUUUCACAAGUGAGGAGGUGGGAGAAGCAAUUAAGGGGAUGGCUCCACUUAAAGCCCUUGGUCCGGAUGGUAUGCCGCCUUUAUUUUUUCAAACUUACUGGACUGAUAUUGGUAUGGAUGUUUCUCAGGCUAUUUUAUCUUGUUUAAAUUCAAGGCAAGAAAGGUUUAUGGCUAUGAAAUUGGAUAUGAGCAAGGCUUAUGAUAGGGUGGAAUGGGUUUUUCUUGAAAAAAUUCUCCUCAAGAUGGGAUUUUCGGAUACAUGGGUGGCUUUGAUUAUGGAGUGUAUUACUACGAUGUCAUAUUCUAUUCUUGUGAAUAGUGAACCAAAGGGUGUGAUUGUUCCCUCUCGUGGUUUACAACAAAGGGAUCCUCUCUCCCCUUAUUUGUUCCUCUUUUGUGCUGAAGGGUUGAAUGCUCUCUUACGGAAUGCUGCAGAUGAAAGAAUGAUCAAUAAGGAGAAGAGUACUCUCUUUUUCAGCAGGAAUACAGAUGAAGCUACUCAGAAAGCCUUAAAAGUAACCCUUGGUGUUCCGGUCAUCAGAAAUUAUGAGAAAUAUUUGGGGUUGCCCUCCUUUGGGUGGAAGGAAAAGUUGUUGUCUCAAGCAGGGAGGGAAGUUAUGAUUAAGGCAGUGGUCCAAUCGAUCCCGGUUUAUUCCAUGGGCGUCUUCAAGCUUCCGGUGGGUCUUUGCAAAGAUAUUGAAGCUAUGAUACGAAAAUUUUGGUGGGGUAGUGGGGAUGUGAGAAAAAUUCAUUGGGUUAAAUGGAGCUCUUUAUAUUCUUCUAAAUCAAUUGGUGGCAUGGGGACUCGGGACUUUCAGAGGUUCAAUCAGGCGCUAUUGGCUAAACAAGUUUGGCGUUUUUUUCAUCACCGAGAUACACUUCUCUUUAAAGUCUUUAGUGCUAAGUAUUUUCCAAAUGGUAAUAUUCUUGAUGCCCCAAUUCACCCUAAGUGUUCUUAUGCAUGGCGGAGUAUUUUGACUGCACGUGGUGUCAUUGAGAAAGGUGCGAUAUGGAGGGUAGGUAGUGGACAAAUGAUAGAUGUUUGGCAUCAUAGGUGGCUGCCUGAUCUCAACCAUAGUAAAAUUAUUUCACCCAACACCAAUAAUGAUGUUAGUAGGGUGUGUGAUCUGUUCCUACCUGGUACACGAACUUGGGACCCGGGGCGUCUGGCAAGCUGUUUUUUACCAGGGGAAGCGAAUAUUGUGUGCAAAAUCCAGGUUUGUGCGGAUGGGGAGGAGGAUAUUUUGAUCUGGCCUUUGACUGCUGAUGGGGAUUAUAGUGUAAGGAGUGCAUAUAGAAUACUUGUUGAUAAUGAGAACCAGUCGCUGCCAAGUUCUUCUGCUCCUACUGUUGAUGGUUCAGUGUGGAAGAAAAUUUGGAAGGUCCAUGGUCCUCAUAAAAUUAGACAUUUCUUGUGGCGUGCUGCAAAGGAUUCUUUGCCCACAAAACAGAACUUGGUGGCUCGGCAUAUCCCUGUUGGUAAUGUUUGUGAUGGCUGUGGUGAUCAUUCGGAAUCGGUGAUGCAUGUGUUAUGGCUUUGUGAUCAGGUUCGUGAGGUUUGGAUGAUGGACCCGGGUUUUUUGUUUUUGGUUCAGGCAAAGUGCAGGACGUUUUUGGAGCUGUUGGAGGCUUUGUUUAAUCAUGGUUCAUGUUAUCGUGUUGCGCUUUUUGCUACUGUGGCAUGGUGUCUGUGGCAGUUUCGUAACAGGUUGAGAAAGCGCCAGUCAAUGUGGCCGUUGCAUGAACUGGGUGAGCGAGCUUGGGGCUUAGUUGAUGAGUUUUGGGAAGUUAAUCCUCAAGUGCAGAGUGCGCCAGUGCGUCGGUCCCUGAUUAUUGGAGCUUUGCGGCAGAAUAUUGGCUUGGUUCAGUCUGUUGAAAUGGCUGAAGCUUUGGCAGCUCGUAGGGCAGUGAGGUUUGCUGCAGAGUUGUGUGUGUUUCAAGUGAUUAUUGAAGGUCAUUGUAAUCAGGUUAUUGCUGCUUUGAAAGGCUUUGGUCGCUGUCGUACUUUGUUUGGUCACAUUAUUGAUGAAUCUAAGCAAAUUGGAGGAACGUUGAGGAGCUGUUUGUUUCAGCAUGUUCUGCGUGAGGGGAAUAGGUUAGCUCAUUGUUUAGCUAAAAAAGCAGUUUUACCUACAAAAACUAAUGUAUGGGUAGAAUCUCUACCUGAGGAUGUGGAAGAUGUUUUCCAUUCGGAUUUGCCUUGA